AUGGACUUUGGAAAAGCCAUCGGGACAGCAUGUAGCACUUUCGCCAUCACCAACAUCGACGACCUAUUCGUGCUGGUCACGUUUUUCGCUGAAACAGCAUGGAACGAGUCGAUGACUCCCUUGUACAUUACCCUAGGACAAUACUUAGGAUUCAGCAUCAUCACAUCCAUAAGCAUGCUCGGUUACGGCCUUUCUCUUGUACUGCCUGCUGAACCCAUUGGAUUCUUGGGUCUCUUGCCCAUUCUGGUAGGAGUUUGGCACGCACUCGGCCUGUUGUUUUCAAGAAUAGACGGAAAACCAAAUGGACCGCCAGAAGAUCUUAGAGCCACCGAGGAGAUUGCAAACUUGGAAAGAAACGGAUGGUGGGCGAAACUCAAGAAUGGUGGCAUAAAGAGUAUAUUCACCGUCGCUGCCGUCACAAUCAUGAAUGGAGGCGACAACAUUGGGACAUAUACCCCGCUUUUUUCGCAAGCCAAAGGAGCAGAAAUUGCAAUCUACGUCGUCGUUUAUUACAUUCUUCUGGGCAUUUGGAUUCUCGCUGCAUGGCUGGUCAUGAAACAGAGACAUAUCUUACGCUUGGCGGAGAAGUGGGCAGGCGUAUUUGUGCCGUUUCUUUACAUGGGGCUCGGUACAUUCAUUGUCAUCAAGUCGGAGUGCUUUCCAUGGUCGAUCGAGAAGAUCAAUGCAAAGAUCAGUUCUCAUCCAGGCACAGUCAUUAUGGGAGUGGUGACUGCCGUGCUGAUGCUUACUUGCAUUGCGACAAUGGUUUGGAUUAGAUGGAGGGGACGGACCGCCCAAUCUCAAGACAGUCUCCAAGAACUGGAACAG